AUGCAGUACAGAGCACAAUCUGUAAAUGGAAUCAGACUAUCACAGUCACUCUCCAAAUCCUUCCGACCUCAAGACUCAGUCCCAGCUGAUUCAGUCAUUAAAACAGAAAGAAAACUGUGGAAUGUUGGGCACAUCAUUGGCCAGGGUGGCUUUGGUCUUAUUUAUUUGGGUAUCAUCCUUCCAAUGUAUGUGCUGCUCAAGUUAGUGGAGCUCGGGCCUUGUGAGCUUUCCUUCUUCACUGGAUCCAUCUCUAUAGCGUACAUUGUUUACUCUGUCGUGUUUGCUACCAGUCAUAUUCAGGUAUCAACUUGA